UAUUCCACUGUAUUCUAUAAAUUUUGUUGUUCAUACUUGAAUAGAGUUCCAGAAAGAAUUAUCUACGCAGAAAAUAUCAAAUUGUAUAAGUUUGAAGUUAUUAAAUUUGUUCAAAUAAAUGGCUACCCUUGAGGACAAAUCUAUCUGGGAAGAUGGAGAGGAGAGUUUGGGGGAUGAUGUUUUAAGAAUGUCUACUGAUGAAAUUGUAUCUCGUACACGUUUAUUAGAUAAUGAAAUUAAAAUUAUGAAGAGUGAGGUUCUGCGCAUAUCUCAUGAACUUCAGGCACAAAAUGACAAAAUUAAAGAGAAUACAGAAAAGAUAAAAGUAAACAAAACUUUACCUUACUUGGUAUCUAAUGUCAUAGAGUUGUUAGAUGUUGAUCCCCAAGAUAUGGGAGAAGAAGAUGGUGCAGUUGUUGAUUUGGAUGCACUACGAAAAGGCAAAUGUGCUGUUAUUAAAACUUCUACUCGACAAACAUACUUUUUACCUGUUAUUGGAUUAGUGGAUGCAGAAGCCUUAAAACCAGGUGAUUUGGUAGGUGUUAAUAAAGACAGCUAUUUGGUUCUCGAAACAUUGCCUGCUGAGUAUGAUGCAAGAGUUAAAGCUAUGGAAGUAGACGAAAGACCAACAGAACAGUAUUCAGACAUUGGUGGUCUAGACAAACAAAUUCAGGAAUUAAUAGAAGCUGUAGUCUUACCCAUGACACAUAAAGCAAAAUUCGAAAACCUUGGUAUUCAACCACCAAAAGGUGUACUUUUAUAUGGGCCACCAGGAACUGGUAAAACUUUAUUGGCUAGAGCUUGUGCAGCACAAACUAAAUCUACUUUCCUCAAGCUAGCAGGACCACAACUUGUUCAAAUGUUCAUUGGAGAUGGUGCAAAAUUGGUAAGAGAUGCAUUCUCACUUGCAAAAGAAAAAGCACCUGCAAUUAUUUUUAUCGAUGAAUUGGAUGCAAUUGGUACUAAAAGAUUUGAUUCUGAAAAAGCUGGUGAUAGAGAAGUACAACGUACUAUGUUAGAGCUAUUGAAUCAGCUAGAUGGAUUCAGUUCAACUGCAAAUAUCAAAGUUAUAGCUGCUACAAACAGAGUAGAUAUCUUAGAUCCUGCUUUAUUGAGAUCCGGUCGAUUGGACAGGAAAAUAGAAUUUCCACAUCCUAAUGAAGAAGCCAGAGCACGAAUAAUGCAGAUUCAUUCACGAAAAAUGAAUAUGUCUCCAGAUGUGAAUUUCGAAGAAUUGUCCAGGUCUACUGAUGACUUUAAUGGCGCGCAGUGUAAAGCUGUUUGCGUAGAAGCGGGUAUGAUAGCAUUAAGACGUAAUGCGACUGCAGUUACACACGAGGAUUUAAUGGAAGCAAUUAAUGAAGUUCAAGCAAAGAAGAAAGCUAAUCUCAAUUACUAUGCUUAA